ACUUGCCAGAGUCAGGACUUUACAGCCGGAGGGUGUGUGCUGUGUGUUUUAAGGGUGCAGACCAUCAGCACUGUUGGAGGAAACGCUGUUAAGCCGAUUCGGUUUUGGACAGGACACCUUACUGACCACCUCAUCCUCUUUGACCCUCCAUUACGUGUGUGUUGUUUUUUGUAAGAUGAGAUGCGUUACUGCAGCGCUACUAUCUGCUGCAGCAGGCUCUUUGUCAUAGAUAUUUCCAGACACUGUUUCUACUAGUGGGGGAUCUGUGUCGCUGGAGUUUGCGGAUGCACUUGCUUCUGCUCAAGGUGACUUGGAGAUUUCACAGGCCUGAGUGGCAGCGUGGAGUUAAACCUCUGCUGGGAUUCUUUCAGUGGAGGUGGUGAGAUGGAACCUGGGUGUUGAGGGAUUUGAGGGCCCUGAGAGGCCCAGAGUCGAGUCACUCGUCUCCGGGAACAGCCAGGGCAUGGGCUCAACCUCUCCUCAGGAGCCCCAGAAAGACAUGGAGGGCUAUUACAACCUUUUGCAGGCAGGCUCCGAGCUAGAGAGCACACUGCAACAGGUUACAGUCCCUGUGAGUAUGCAGGAGGUGGCUGGCUACAUUGAGAAACAAGUGGCCUAUUUAUCAGGGGGUCGUGGUGAGGAUUCAAGUGUCAUCAUUACUCUCCCAGAAUGCUCUGCUUUCAGUGACAUUCCUGAAGAAUCUCUGGCCAAAGUUCUGUCAUACCUCACAUUGAUCCCGAGAGCCCGGCAACCUGGUGUCAAAUUUAUCAUCAUUUUAGACAGAAGAUUGGAUACUUGGACCUCAAUCAAAACGGCACUUGCAAGGAUUGCGGCCUCAUUCCCUGGAAACCUGCACUUGGUGUUGGUGCUGAGACCGACCAGUUUCUUCCAGCGGACCGUCACUGAUCUCGGCUUCCGCUUUAGUCAGGAGGACUUCAUGAUCAAAAUGCCUGUGGUGAUGCUCAGCUCCGUCACAGAUCUACUGCGUUACAUUGAUGAGAACCAACUGACCUCAGAGUUUGGAGGCACUCUUGACUACUGCCACAGCAACUGGAUUGUCUUGAGAACAGCUAUUGAGAGUUUUGCGGUUAUGGUAAAGGACAUUGCUCAGAUGUUGCAGGCCUUUGGCACAGAACUGGCUGAAACACAGUUAUCAGAGGAGUGCAGUGCUAUUGAGCUCCUGCUGCUGUCUCACACUGAGAAAUACAGGAGACUUAAGGAUGCCAUCAAAUCAGUGAUGAGGGAGGGACGACAGCUGCUCUCUAACCUGGAGACGUCAAGGAAAGAGGUGAACUCGGACACAAACUGGGAUAUAACCCAGGACUGGGACACCAUGCAGAGGCUGCUGGCUCAGCUCACUGACAUGGAGAUGGCUUUUGAUGGCUUCUUCGACAAGCACCACCUCAAACUGCACCAAUAUUUACAACUGCUGAGAUAUGAACACAGCUUUCAGGAGAUGGAGAGCUCUUUAGAGAAGUUACGAGUUCAGGAGAGGAAGGUGAGCGUUACGGGAGAGUCUCUGCUCCAGACAGAGCAGGCCGCCAGAGAGCUGGACAGUCUGGAAAGACGUGCGCAGGAGGAAAUGAGCCGGGCUCAGGUUCUUAUCCUGCACGGCCAUCAGCUGGCAGCCGGGCAUCACUACGCCAUGGCUCUGAUCAUCCAGCGAUGUAAUGAACUGAGACAUCACUGUGACAAUCUGACCUCCGCCCUCAGUACUAAACGCAACAUGCUCUCCAGAGCACAGACUUUACUCCGAUGCCUCGAAGAGGCCCAGCGCUGGUGUGAUGAUGCAGUUUAUCUCUUGGCUAAUCAACAGGUGGAUAAAUUUCAGUCUAAAGAAGGUGCACAGACUGCUCUCCGAGCAAUUGAAAAGUUCCAGGAGGGGGCGCCACCUCUCCUCAUUGCAGGAUCUGAUGUGCUCUUUAUGGAGUAUGAAUCUGUGCUCACUUCUUAUCUACAGGCUCAUAUAGAGAAGACGUUUGAAAAACAUAGCUCAGUGCAGGCUUUGAUUCAGUGCAGACAGAGCUGCCUGAGGAAACUGGCAGACAAACUUGUACGGCCAGUCCAACUGGUGACCCCUCGGCCAGAGUACACACCGCGCUCAAAAUCUCCCCUCUUCUCCCCCAAACAUGAUUUUAAUUCCGGUUUAAAGUUCACCUUUGACCUCCCACUGCCAGGCAAAAAAACAUCAAGGAAAAGCCCAAACUCCAGAAAGAUUGAGGUGAUUCACGACUAUCAGACCCCCAUCUCUCCCCCUUACUGUAUAGAUGGAGAGGACAGUGCUGAGCUACUGAAACGGCAUGUGAUGAAUGAGCUGAUAGAGACAGAGAGGAUCUAUGUGGAGGAGCUGCUGGCAGUUCUCUUGGGCUAUAGGGCUGAGAUGGACAACCCAGCAUACGCUUCGCUUCUGCCAACAAGUCUUCGCAACAAAAGAGACGUGCUGUUUGGAAACCUACCUGAUAUCUACAACUUUCAUAGCAGUGUCUUUCUACAGGAUUUAGAAAGCUGUCUAGAAACCCCGGAGGCGGUAGGGGCGUGUUUUCUGGAGCGGAAAGAGCAUUUUCAUUUAUAUGAAUGUUACUGUCAGAACAAACCUCGGUCCGAGUCCUUGUGGAGACAGUUCUCGGACUGUCCGUUUUUUCAGGAAUGCCAGAAGAAACUGGAACACAAACUGGCUCUUGACUCAUACCUGCUGAAACCAGUACAGCGCCUUACAAAGUAUCAGCUCCUACUGAAGGAGCUCUUGAAGUACAGUUCAGGUUGUGAGAGGAUUUCUGAGCUGCAGGGGGCGCUAACAGCCAUGCUGGACCUGCUUAAAUCCGUCAAUGAUUCAAUGCACCAGAUUGCCAUCACUGGAUAUGAGGGAGAUCUCUGCGAUCUGGGCCGUGUGUUAAUGCAGGGCUCUUUCAGCGUGUGGAUCAGUCAUAAGAAGGGUCCGACCCGCGUAAAGGAACUGGCCCGCUUCAAGCCCAUGCAGCGACACUUAUUCCUACACGAGCAUGCUCUACUUUUUUGCAAACGGCGAGAAGAGCACGGAGAAAGCGCUGACAAGACCCCCUCCUACAGCUUCAAGCACUGUCUCAAGAUGAGUGCAGUAGGCAUUACGGAAAACGUCAAAGGAGACGUGAAGAAGUUUGAGAUCUGGUACAGUGGGAGAGAAGAGGUCUAUGUGAUACAAGCACCCACAGUGGAGGUGAAGAUUACCUGGCUGAACGAGAUCAGAAGAAUCCUGACCAACCAGCAAAAACAACUCAAAGAAGAGUUGUGUCAUUCCGUUGCAUACCCGGAGCUGUCUCCACCGCUCUCUGUGAGCAAGCAGCCAAGAGCGUCAGUCAGCUCAGAGGGGAGUGAGUCGGGUCACAGCAGUCCAGACCCGCUCACAUGCUCAAACCAGCACCAGCGCAACAGACGCAGCUGGCCGGGAGCACCCUAUUCUGUAGAUAUCUGUGAAGGUCUGGAGGACUGGAGUGGAGCAAACAGCCUCUCUAACCCGUCUGACACUGAGGAGGAAGACACUGCCCAUCUGGUACCGGGCAGAUACAGAGCUUUCGUCGAUUGGCGGAAAAACGGGCCAGAUAAUUUGAUCGUUAAAUGUGGUGAUGUCAUACAGCUGGAGCGUGAGGAGAAUGAUGGCCAGUGGCUGGUAACGAAUCUGAGUCGCAGACAGGAAGGCCGAAUCCCUACUGCCAAACUCCAGGGCAUCCUGGGAGAUGGUAUGAAAAAUCACUCCAGCAGGCUGGGAGACCCAGGGAACCAGAAAACACGAAAGCUCAGCUCACCAUAAAGGAAUCAUUCAGCAAUAUCUUGAACCUUCAUCCUUAUGAACUUUAUAAAUUCAGACCUGAACGGCAGGAUGAUAUUCUGAAUAUUUCAACGUUCUUCCAGUGUUCUUGUACUGAUCCUCACCGACAGAUGCCAUCAAAACGCAUCGCAGCUGUUUUUAAUACUUCAGACCAUAAAUGUGAGGAUGGUCAUUUUACAAGUGAUCUCCAGCUCCUCCAGAUUUGCCUAGAGAGUGCUCGUAAAGAUCUUUUCUCUGCGUGAACACUUCAGUCCUCCUGACUUGAUGAAACUUAGAACAUUUUUAAAUUCAUUGGAAUUGUCCCAAUAGACUUAAUACUUGUUUUUAAUGACUCGAGGGUCAUGAAUAUCUCUUCAUACUUGACAUGUUGCUGUGUUCACAGUAAACACUCACAUGGGCCUAUGAAAACAUCUUGUUUGUAAAGAACUUGGAUUUUUUUAUUUACUUGUGUGCAUUUGUGCUGGUAUUUACUGUGCACUGUUAUUGUUGUCAUAUUUAUCCUCUUCGAACAGAAAGAGCUCUCUCCCUGUGAGCUUUAAUGCCAAACCAUGCAGUGCCAUAACGCCUCCUUUGUCCCAGUACUUGAGCUUCUCGAUUUAUUUAAUGCAAAUUUUACUCCGCAGUAUUUUUGCACUAUUACCUCAAAAACAUUCUUUAUGAAGCACUUUAUCCAGGGCACACAAAUUAGCUUUGUAGCUUUUUGCAUCUCUCUACAGCUUUAAACCAGUAAGAUUUUGCAUGCCUUCAAAUCUUACCUCUCUUUAAUUUGGUAAAUGUCCUUUCACUCUCACUUUACAUGCAGAAUCUUCUCUGCCUGCUUAAAGACUUGUGGCAAGAAUGUAAAUGUUGACUUUGAGACCACAAAAUAUUGUAAUUGAACGUUGAAUCAUACGAGCAAAAAAACGGU